AUGGGACGAAUGAUUAAUCAUGAUGAUACAUUGGCAAAAAAAACGUUGAAUGACGGAUUUACGAAAACGAGUCAGGCUUGGUACAAAAAAUAUCGAGAACCUUAUAGUCAAGAGAACCCGAUAAGAUUUUUAUUGACAAAAGCCAUGAUAUUUUUUGCGAUAGUGUUUCCUAUUUAUGGUCUUUGGCUUUUAUGGAAAUUUCAUAAGUAUAGAAAAACUACCCAUCGUCAUGUUACAACAAAGAAAAACGAAAAAUCGAAAGAUGAUGGUAAUUACUCCGGAUUCUGUGGCAUAAAUAACACAGACUAUGCUUUAAUCG